CUCAUUUGAACACUAACUUCAGGUAUAUACCUCAAAGAUUCCAUCUUCACUUGCUUAAUCUCACUCUCCAUCGUUCACCUCUGCGCAGAACCAAAACAGCUGAUGGGUGUGAUCGAUCUUCAUGGCUUUCCAUCUUACCCCUGCGCAAACCUUCCAAAGUCUCGAGCUUUAAGACAAAACAUCAGUAGGGUUUGUUGUGUCCAGAACUUAAAAACAGGAGACUCUUUCAUCCGUCCACAUUUGAGACAAUUAGCUGCUUAUCAGCCAAUCUUACCCUUUGAGGUUCUGUCUGCUCAAUUAGGAAGAAAACCUGAGGAUAUUGUUAAGUUAGAUGCUAACGAGAACCCUUAUGGUCCUCCUCCUGAGGCAACAUUAGGCAAUAUGAAGUUCCCUUAUGUCUAUCCUGAUCCUCAAAGUCGCAGACUUCGUGAUGCACUUGCUCAUGACUCUGGUCUUGAGUCUCAGUACAUCCUUGUUGGUUGUGGCGCUGACGAACUUAUCGAUUUGAUCAUGAGAUGUGUGUUGGAUCCUGGUGAGAAGAUCAUAGACUGUCCUCCUACUUUCUCAAUGUAUGUGUUUGAUGCUGCUGUGAAUGGAGCUGGUGUCAUCAAAGGUGAAACAUCAUUUCACUAUCUAUUCAUAUGUAUCAUCAGCGAGGAGGAUCUGUUAAAGAUUCUAGACAUGCCUAUACUUGUUGUUCUUGAUGAAGCUUACAUUGAGUUCUCAGGGGUUAAAUCAAGGAUGAAAUGGGUGAAGAAGUAUGAAAACCUUAUCGUUCUCCGCACUUUCAGCAAGCGAGCUGGUUUGGCUGGGCUUAGAGUUGGAUACGGAGCGUUUCCAUUGAGUAUAAUUGAGUACAUGUGGAGAGCAAAGCAGCCUUAUAACGUCUCUGUUGCAGGAGAAGUAGCUGCAUUAGCAGCACUUUCAAACGGGCAAUACUUAGAAGAUGUGAGAGAUGCUUUAGUACGCGAAAGAGAAAGACUUUUUAAGCUUUUGAAAGAUGUUCCUUUCUUGGAUCCAUACCCGAGCCAUUCGAACUUCAUUCUCUGUGAGGUUACAUGUGGAAAGGAUGCAAAGAGGCUGAAAGAGGAUUUGGCUAAAAUGGGUGUGAUGGUUCGUCAUUACAACAGUAAAGAGCUUAAAGGUUUUGUUAGAGUUUCUGCUGGGAAGCCUGAACAUACUGAUGCUCUCAUGGUUUGUCUUAAGCAGUUUUAUUGA